AACUUACCUCAUUCUUCUUCCCACCUCUCGCUCUCUCCCCUUCUCUCUCUAAAAUCUCAGUUUGCCGCAGAGAAAUCUUUUCUCAUCCGUUUUCACAAGCGAUUGUUCGCUUGUUUCAAAUCUGCUGCGGCCUACCCAAUGCUGUGAUUUUGGGUAUUUUGGACAGGUAGCUUGCAAUGGGGCCCGCAAGAAAGUCUAGAAGCGUGAACAAGCGCCCGCCUGGAAGUGAAGCAUCUCCUAGUAAAGAUGCAGAUAGUUCGAAAAGGAGCAACAGUCGUAAAAGAAAGUUGACUGAAAUGCUUGGGCCUAGAUGGACUACAGAGGAGCUAACUCGCUUUUAUGAUUCCUACCGCAAGAAUGGAAAAGACUGGAAAAAGGUGGCCAGUUCAGUGAGAAAUCGGUCUUUAGAAAUGGUGGAGGCCAUUUACACAAUGAACAAGGCAUACUUAUCUCUUCCGCAUGGAACUGCUUCAGCGGCUGGGCUUAUUGCUAUGAUGACUGAUCACUACAGCAAUUUGGCAGGAUCUGACAGUGAAGAAGAUAGCAUAGAUGGGGCAGGGUCAUCUCGGAAGACUCAGAAGCGAGCUCGGGGCAAAGCCCAACCUACACCUACUGCCUCUAAAGCAUUGGAUGAGCAACCUGAUUCACAUACCCCAUCCAUUAUUCAAAAUUAUGGUUGCUUGCCACUGUUAAAGAAGAAACGCUCUGGUGGAGGCCGACCUUGUCCAGUUGGGAAAAGGACACCUAGGUUCCCUGUCUCGUUUUCUUAUGAUAAGAGCCUUUCAGAGAAAUAUUUUUCUCCAACCAAACAAGGCUUGGGACACAAGGCUGAUGUCAAUGAGGAUGAAGUUCAUGAAAUAGCUGUAGCUUUAGCUGAGGCAUCACAAAGAGGUGGUUCCCCCCAGAUUUCUGGAACACCAAGUAAAAGAGGUGAAAGUGCCAUGUCAUCACCUUUUAGGCAUACACAGAUAAAGGACACUGGAUCAGGGAUGGACAAUGCCAAGCUCUUACGUCCCAACACUGACGAUGAAGAUUUAGAAGGAAGCACAGAAGCAGACACUGGGGAAUUGGCUAUGCAUAAGAGUUAUAUGAUGGGAUCUGUUACUCACUCUGUGAAAAGAAUGAAGGGAAAAUAUCCUGAAGGGAAGAAGAUUGAAGUUGAUAGCAACAAUGACGAUCAUCUGGAUGAUGUCAAGGAAGAGUGCAGUGGAACAGAUGAAGGGCAGAGAUUAGGGGUAGGUAAGGCCAAUGACACCAGAUUUUCUAAGUCACCUAUUCAGAGCCAGAGAAAGAAGAGCAAAAAGGUUCUCUUUAUGAGAGAUGAAAGCUCUGCCUUUGAUGCCCUGCAAACUCUGGCUGAUUUAUCUUUGAUGAUGCCCUCAGGAAAUGAAGAAGAGUCACGAAUGCAGUUUAAAGAGGAACACAAUGAUAAUAUUGAGGAGUCUUCUCCAGCAAACAAUCGAAAAGAAAAGCGUAAAUCCUCUGGGGUAAGAACAAAAGGGCAUCUAAAACUAAGCUCGGAAAAAACAUCGAAAUCUGGAAAGGGUUCAGUUUUUGAGGGCAGUUCCAUUCCGGAAGAAAACCAGGGCCCUGAUUUGCCUAUAACCAAAGGAACAAGAAGGAAACAAAAGAUGCCGGUGGCCAGGAUUGAAAAAACUGAAUCUGAUCUUGAUAUGAACAGUGAAUCUCCAGGGGUGGAGGUUGGAGAUGUAGGGAAGAAGUUAGCGUCUAAGAGUAAGAAAUCAUCCCAAAGCAGCUCCCCAAAUUUGACUAGAAUAUCAGAAAAUUCUUCUAGUGCUGAUCUGCGGAAGGAAGGGAGCGACUCAACCCUAUCAGGCAUGCAAGUUCCUUCUACUAACCAGGCCACUUUACCUACAAAAACCAGGAGCAGGCGCAAGGGGGACCUGAAAAAACCACAGGUUCAGAAAGAUUUAAAAUUUCCUGAAACAAUCUCAAAUGACCAGGGCAAUAUGUCUUUUGCUUUACUCCAUGGCACAGCAUUUAAUUUCAAGGAAAAACUGUCGAAUUGUUUGUCAAAUCAGUGGUUAAGAAGAUGGUGUACAUAUGAGUGGUUCUACAGUGCUAUUGACUAUCCUUGGUUUGCUAAAAGGGAGUUUGUUGAAUAUCUGUAUCAUGUUGGAUUGGGUCAUGUGCCAAGAUUAACUCGUGUGGAGUGGGGUGUAAUAAGAAGCUCUCUUGGCAAACCACGGCGGUUUUCUGAGCAGUUCCUAAAGGAAGAGAAGGAGAAACUUAAUCAGUAUCGGGAAUCUGUUCGAAAACAUUACACUGAGCUUCGUGAAGGUGUUAGAGAAGGAUUACCUACUGACCUAGCUAAACCAUUGUCUGUCGGACAGAGAGUCAUAGCCAUUCACCCCAAAACUAGGGAAAUUCAUGAUGGAAGUGUGCUCACUGUUGAUCACUCUAAAUGUCAUGUUCAAUUUGACCACCCUGAUCUUGGGGUUGAAAUCGUCAAGGAUAUUGACUGUAUGCCCUUAAACCCUCUUGAAAACAUGCCGGCAAAUCUUGGGAGGCACACAAUGGCAGUUGAUAAGGUUUUUGAAACUUUCAAUGAUCUAAAAUUAAAUGGGCAAGCAAAGGACUUUGUUAAGCUUUCUCUCGGUGAAAACAUGGAGAACAUCAACAGCACCCCUCAAAUGUCUCAAUUAACUAAUUCUGUUGGCUUCUUGAAGCAGACAAAGGUUGCUUCUGCAAAUGCUCAUGUUCCAACAAACCUUGCGCCUGUUGAUGCGACAACUUACCAGAGCAUAGCAUUUUCUCAGCCUGGUGUGCUAACUUCAAUAUCCAAGGAAGCUGAUGUUCAAGCUCUUGCGGAACUUACUCAUGCUCUUGAUAAGAAGAAAGCAAUUGUUCAUGAGCUCAGGCUCAUGAAUGAUGAUGUGUCACAAAACCCGAAGGUCGGCGACAUUUUGUUGAAAGACUCCGAACAAUUCCAAAAGCAAUACGCCGCUGUACUUGUACAAUUGCACAAAGCUAAUGAACAGGUUUCUUCUGCUUUACAUUGCCUGCGAGAAAGGAAUACGUAUCAAAGGAAGUUUCUGGAUGCAGUGCCAAGACCUGUAAGCAGUCUUUCAGACUCUGGUGGAAUCGUGAAUCAUUUAGAUGGUUCCACAUUUCAAAUCCUCGAAUCUGGAUCGAAUGUGAAUGAAAUCAUGGAUAGCUCUAGGACAAAAGCCCGGGUGAUGGUAGAGGCAGCUAUGCAGGCAAUAUCAUCGCUUAAAACUAGGGAGGAUACCAUUGAGAAAAUCGAAGAAGCUAUUGAUUAUGUUAAUGAUCAGCUUCCCUCAGACAAUGCCUGCGUGCCAUUAGCAACCGAUCAAAAAUCUGACAUCGAGGCUCAAAUUCCUUCCGAGCUGAUCACAAAAUGUGUAGCAACUUUGCUUAUGAUUCAGAAAUGUACUGAGCGGCAAUUUCCUCCAUCCGAUGUGGCGCAGAUUCUAGAUUCUGCUGUGACUAGCUUACACCCGCGUAUUUCGCAAAACCUUCCUGUCUACACCGAGAUACAGAAGUGUGUUGGUAUCAUCAAGAACCAGAUUUUGGCCCUCAUACCUACCUAAAGUGGACAUAAAUACAACCAGGUUGUUUCUCAAUGUUUGCCUUGUUAUGAGAGGAUCUAGAUCUAAAUGGGGAGUGUAUUACUAGUAAUGUGACUAUGCCUAUGACUGUUUUUCUCACUAGUAACUAUUAUAUUAUCAUAGGGCCUUUUUUAAUUUUUCCAAAUUGUGGCGAAUGAUUGAAGAAGAAUGGUGAUGAACAUUGAUGCAACUAUUUGCUGCUUGUCAAUUGCACAAGCUGUGUGCUGUUCUGUACAAUGUUAUGUUGGGAGAUUUUAA